AUGGGACAGUCGACCUCAUCCCCAUUGUCCCUCACCCUUGACCAUUGGUCGGAGGUGCGGAAGAGGGCUCACGAUCUCUCCUUGCAGGUCAAGAAGAAUAAGUGGCAGGAUUUCUGCUCGACUGAGUGGCCUACUUUCUCUGUGGGAUGGCCACCAGAGGGGACUUUUCAUCUGCCCCUCAUCCUAGCAGUUAAGGACGUCAUCUUCCGCCCCAGGCAAAGGGGGCACCCUGAUCAGGUCGCUUACAUCUUGGUAUGGCAGGAUCUCAGGGAGGAACCCCCAUUAUGGGUAAAACCCUUUCUUCCCCCUUCUGUCUCAUCUGUACCAAAGCUUUUAGCUCUGAAAGGACCUCCCACUUCGGCUCCGGUCCUUCCCGAGUCUCAGCCUGAUCUACCUUUACUCAACUAUGACUGGCCUCCUCCUUCCCAGCUGACUCAACCUCCUCCGUACCCACUCUCUCCUCCAGCCUCCUCGUCCGGAUCGAGUGCUGCUUCUCCGUCAGCCCCGCCCACACCUCCGGGGCCCACGGGCCCAGCCCAGAACACUCGGAGUAAGCUACGGCCUGAGGAUCCAGUCGUUACCCUCCCUCUCCGUCCCUAUGGGCCCAUGAUAGACGAUGGGACAGAUGGAGGGCAGAUGCCCGCUUUACAGUACUGGCCUUUUUCUACCUCAGAUCUCUAUAACUGGAAAAACAAUAACCCUCCUUUUUCUGAUGAUCCUUCUAAGCUAACAGGUCUAAUGGAUUCUGUUAUGUUCUCCCACCAACCCACAUGGGACGACUGUCAACAGCUCCUAGGGGUCCUGUUCACCACCGAGGAAAGAGACCGCAUCCUCCUGGAAGCCCGGAAAGCUGUUCCCGGAGAAGAUGGCAGACCCACCCAGAGACCAGACCUGAUCGAUGACUCCUUCCCCUUAAAGCGCCCCAACUGGGACCCCAACUCACCCACCGGUAGGCAGCAUCUUUCUAUCUAUCGCCAGACUCUAAUGGCAGGUCUCCAGGUGGCCGCAAGGCGCCCCACUAAUCUGGCCAAGGUAAGAGAAGUUACCCAAGGACCUACUGAGACUCCCUCAGUUUUUCUAGAAUGCCUGAUGGAAGCUUACCGGCGAUAUAUGCCUUUUAACCCUGAGGAAGAAGGCCGACAAGGCUCGAUAGCUAUGGCCUUCAUAGGGCAAUCGGCCCCCGAUAUAAGACGUAAGCUCCAAAGGCUAGGUGGUCUCCAAGACCUAACUCUGAGGGAUCUUGUUAAGGAAGCUGAAAAAGUCUACUAUAAGCGGGAGACAGAGGAAGAAAAGGAGUUAGCUAGGGACAAAAGACGAAACAAGGAAUUAGCUAAGGUGUUGGCCACAGUUAUUCAGGGAAAACCUGAGCCAGGAAAGGGAAAGCCCACUCGCCCUCCAUUAGACCCUGACCAAUGUGCAUAUUGUAAGGAAAAAGGACAGCUGAUCAAAGACUGUGAAAAGUUAAAAAAGAAACGGGCCAAAGAAGAACGAGAAAAGCAGACCUCGCAGCGAUCCCGAGCCCCCAUGCUCGCCCUAGAUGAAGAAGACUAGGGACUUCGGGGCUCGGACCCCCUCCCCGAGCUCAGGGUAAUGUUUAAAGUGGAGGGGACUCCCGUGGAAUUCGAGGUCGAUACGGGAGCUGUUUAUUCGGCCCUACAAGCCCCCUUAGGGGCCCUUUCAACUAAGAAAUCAUUAGUUCAAGGGGCUAACGGGAGCAAAUAUCACUCGUGGACCACUGAGCGCACAGUUGACUUAGGCAAGGGAAAAGUAAAACACUCCUUUCUGGUUAUUCCUGAGUGUCCUGCUCCCCUCCUGGGACGUGACUUAUUAACCAAACUGGGGGCAAAGAUUUCCUUUGAGCCCCAAGGACCUCAAGUGACAUUCCGUAACCCAAAGGUAGGGCAACCUAUGGUUACGGUGUUAUCUCUAAAACUGGAAGAUGAAUAUAGGCUCUAUGACCACCAGGAUCCCCAGCCUAUCGCCCCAGCCUGGCUAACUGAUUUUAAAGAAUCCUGGGUCGAGAUGGCUGGACUCGGGCUGGCAAGCCAGCAACCGCCUGUAGUGGUUACUUUAAAAACCACUGCCUCCCCUAUUCGGGUUAAGCAAUAUCCCAUUAAUAGAGAAGCUCACCUAGGGAUUAAGGUGCACAUACAGAGACUUUUAGACCAAGGGGUAUUAACUCCUUGUCGGUCUGCAUGGAAUACUCCGUUACUCCCGGUCAGAAACCCCGGGACGAAUGACUACAGACCGGUACAGGACCUAAGGGAGGUCAAUAGCAGGGUGGAGGACAUUCACCCCACCGUACCCAAUCCCUAUAAUCUCCUCAGCGCAUUGAAUCCGUCAAGGACUUGGUACACUGUUCUGGAUUUAAAGGAUGCCUUUUUCUGUUUGCCUUUGCACAAAGAUAGCCAGCCCUUAUUUGCGUUUGAAUGGAUGGACCCUGAGACUGGGUCCGCCGGACAACUGACCUGGACGCGCCUCCCACAGGGCUUCAAAAACAGCCCAACCAUCUUUGAUGAAGCCCUACAUAAGGAUUUAGCCCCCUUUCGGGCUCAACACCCAAACCUCACCCUUCUUCAAUAUGUAGAUGACUUGCUGCUGGCUGCGGACUCUGAGGGUGACUGCACAAGCGGAACUCAGGACCUUUUACGUGAGUUGGCUAUCCUGGGGUAUAGGGCAUCAGCAAAAAAGGCUCAAAUUUGUAAGCGAGAGGUAAUUUUUCUGGGCUACUCCUUAAAAGGGGGAAAAGGAUGGCUCACUGAGGCCAGAAAACAGACUGUGGUCCAGAUUCCCCCUCCAAAGAGUCAAAAACAAUUACGAGAGUUCCUGUGUACCGCGGGGUUUUGCCGGUUGUGGAUCCCUGGAUUCGCAACUUUGGCAGCUCCCCUGUACCCGUUACUGAAGGGGGGAUCUCCCUUUAUCUGGGAAAAAGAUCACCAGCAGGCCUUUGAUGCCAUCAAGCGGGCUCUCCUGUCCGCUCCGGCCCUGGCCCUUCCUAAUGUGGACAAACCCUUUACUCUCUUCAUUGAAGAAAAGAGAGGAAUAGCGAGAGGAGUACUGACCCAGGCCUUUGGGCCAUGGAGGCGUCCGGUGGCUUACCUCUCAAAAAGACUGGACACUGUGGCAAGCGGGUGGCCACCCUGCCUAAAGGCCAUUGCAUCAGCUGCCUUGCUCAUUAAAGAUGCUGACAAAUUGACUUUGGGACAAAAAAUAACAAUCAUUGCCCCGCAUACACUAGAAAGCAUCAUCCGCCAGCCUCCAGACAGGUGGCUCUCAAAUGCCAGAGUUACUCAUUAUCAGAGCCUCUUGCUCAACAAGGACAAGAUAACUUUUGGACCCCCGGUGACUCUCAACCCAGCGACUCUGCUGCCGGAAGAAGCUUCGGAACCCGUCCUCCAUACCUGCCAGGACGUCUUGGCAGAAGAGGCCAGAGUACGACCGGACUUAUUGGAUUGCCCCCUACCCAAUGCAGAGGUGACCUACUUCACUGACGGGAGUAGCUUUUUGAUUCAAGGUAAGCGGUAUGCGGGGGCGGCUGUGACUGAUUAUUCCAAUGUUAUAUGGACAGCCAGACUAGAGGACGGGUCCUUGGCCCAAAAGGCCGAACUGAUUGCUUUGACUAAGGCUCUGGAGCUCACCAAAGGAAAGCGAGCAAACAUUUACACGGAUAGCCGAUAUGCCUUUGCAACGGCCCACAUCCACGGGGCCAUAUACCGCCAGCAGGGGCUUCUGACCUCCGCAGGAAAAGAAAUAAAACACAAACAGGAAAUCCUUCAGUUGCUCGCUGCAGUUAUGUUGCCCCAGAAGGUGGCGAUAAUACACUGUAACAGCCACCAGAAAGGGACUGAUCCCGUCACAAGGGGAAACAACCUGGCCGAUGAGGCAGCAAAAUCUGCAGCCAUGGGAGACUCACAAAUGUUGGCCCACCGGCUCACCCAUUUGGGAGCUAAAAAGCUGAGCCUACUGGCCCAACGCCAAGACUUCCCAGGGGCAUCCCCCGCUGCCAUACGUCGGGUCGCCAAUCGGGUUGUGGCUAAUUGUGAGGCAUGUCAAUUGACCAGUGCCUACCCUGCCAAGCUGGCCCCCGGCAAAAGGCUACGUGGUACCAGACCUGGACAAUACUGGGAAGUGGACUUUACAGAAGUUAAGCCUGCCCGAUGCGGACUAAAAUAUCUGCUAGUUUUUGUAGACACCUUUUCUGGAUGGACUGAGGCUUUUCCUACCAAAAAGGAAACUGCUGCCGUGGUAACUAAAAAGUUGAUGGAAGAAAUAUUUCCCCGGUUCGGAUUGCCAAAGGUAAGGGACGUGUGGACACAGCUAGCCUCGGCCUAUGCUCCCAGUGAGUUCCCCGCGCCACAUCCGUACCAGGUGGGAGACUUUGUGACCGACACCUUAGCUUAUCAGCAACAGGAGGAGGCCAACAUAAAGGCCCUUUGCCACUGUCAAAAAGGAGCCUCCACUCCUAUGAUGGAGGACCAGGUAAUUGCCGACAUUUACAACUCGAGGUCCUCACCCCCGAGGACCAAUCUUGGACGACAGGAAAAAUCUGGGGAUUUAGAUACUACAUGA